CGGCACCUGGAUUGCAAACCACGUUGGAAAAGUUGCAGGAGAUUCACUUUGCUGAUUUUCUGAGGUUCUGUUUGGAAAUAACUAGUGUCAUUCCCAACGAGUAAGAACAUCGACGUUAAUUCUUUGUCGAGAAAUAGAUGUAUCAGAAGGCUGCAGCAGCACCUUAACGAUGUCCACAGCGGAGCAGAGUGGUACGGCUGCUGAGGGUGGGAAUGUGAAGGAAGAGAAGAGAACCCCAGCAGAAAGAGAUGCUUUAGCCAGGCAGAUCCUUGAUAAACCAGGCAUUGCGCAAAUCAAACCAGAAUUUAUAUUACUGGACCACAGGAUCAAGAUUUCUGAGGAGUUUCUGUCAAACAAAUCGAAGGAAAAACUAGAAGCAAGCAAAGACGGUAAUGAAGGGGAGACAGAAAAUGGGGCCUCCAGGGAUCGAGAAGAGGGCCCUCCUCCAAGUAAACGUAUGAGGCUGAAGGGAAGAAAUAAGAAGCGACCAGUUAAUACAAAGCUGCAUAACUCCAAGAAGAUGUGUCCAGCUGUGCUUCAUGCUCAGGAAUGUCGGUUUGGAGAGAGCUGCAAAUUCAGCCACGACAUCAAGAAAUUUAUGGCCGAAAAACCGACAGACUUGGGACCAGUUUGUAUCAAUUUUGAAAAAUUUGGAAAAUGUCAAUACGGAAUAUCCUGUCGUUACGGAAAAAGUCAUAUCUCGGAAGAGUUUGAGAAUAUUAUAAAUGAGGAUUUGUAUAAAGAAAUGCAGAGUAGAAAAGUAGUAAAGAACGCCCUUUAUAAGGAGCUACAACAUAAACUAUGGAAGAAGAAAUAUGACUUUGAAAAAGCAAACAGAAACACUGCCCAAAUACAAACUGAAGUAAGAACAAGAGUAGACUCGGAAAAAUUUCACAAAGAAGGACAAAGGCUGACAAACUCGGGAAACGAUGGAGAAACAGUCAAAACGGAAACUUGUGAUUCUUCUUCCGUUGACACCAGCAGCAAAACUGACAAUUGUUCGUCUGUUUUAACAUCUUCAGAUACAGAGAUGUCCGAUGUUGGUAGUACAAAACAGUCAGAUGCAUCUGUAUGCUUGUCAGAUGCUGAAGGCAUUCGACUAAGGCCACAGGAGAAAAAAUUGAUUGACUUUUCCAAUAAGCUGUACUUGGCACCAUUGACUACUGUUGGUAACUUGCCGUUCCGUCGGAUCUGUAAGGGGAUGGGAGUGGACAUCACAUGUUGUGAGAUGGCUCUGGCCACAAACAUCCUUCAGGGACAGAUGUCGGAGUGGGCCUUACUGAAGCGUCAUGAAACUGAAGACUUGUUUGGGGUUCAGAUCUGUGGUGCCUUCCCAGACACAUUGACACGGUGCUGUCAGCUCAUCAAUGACGAGUUAUCUGUGGACUUCGUUGAUCUCAACUGUGGCUGUCCCAUAGACCUGGUCUUCAAGAAGGGGGAGGGAUGUGCGCUGAUGGGAAAGAGUAACAAGUUUGAGCAGGUCGUUCGCAGUAUGAAGUCGGUGCUAGAUGUCCCUCUCACAGUGAAAUUGAGGACGGGAAUAUUUGACAACAAAAAUAUUGCUCAUUACCUUGUUCCCAAACUCAGGAGAUGGGGGGCAUCUCUGGUAACAAUCCACGGGCGUUCUAGGGAACAGCGCUACACCAGAAUGGCUGACUGGGAUUACAUUGAUGAAUGUGCGAAGUUAGGGGCCCCUAUGCCUGUAUUUGGUAAUGGGGACCUGUUAUCAUAUGAAGACCUUGAUGCCUGUCUCAAGACCAGCGCUAGCGGAGGAAUGGUGGCCAGGGGAGCACUGAUCAAGCCGUGGAUUUUCACGGAGAUGAAGGAGAGACGACACUGGGAUAUCUCGGCCAACGAAAGAUUUGACAUGCUCAAGAAUUAUGUCAACUUUGGGCUGGAGCACUGGGGUUCUGAUCAUCAAGGGGUGGAAAACACACGCAGGUUUCUCCUCGAAUGGUUGUCAUUCUUAUACAGGUACAUACCGGUGGGUUUGUUGGAUCAGGUGCCACAGAAAAUCAACGAGAGGCCGCCAUUCUAUGUAGGUCGUAGCGACCUAGAAACACUCCUGUCAAGCUCCAACUGCGGCGAUUGGAUCAAGAUUAGCGAGAUGUUACUUGGUCCAGUGCCUGAAGAAUUCAACUUCCUCCCCAAACACAAAGCAAAUGCCUAUAAAUGAAGUCUUUUGAUCUUCAAGUCUAGUCCCUGAGGGGAAACCUUCAUCCCAUGGCUCGAUUAUCGCUGGAAGAACUGAUGUGACACAGAAAUACUGGGGUUCACAAAAUGGAGUCGCCUUGACGAUUUGCCUGUGGAAAGAAAAAUCCUCCUGCAUAUAGUUUUCCUUUCAUUAUCGAGCUUAAUUGUUAUCAACAUCAAAAUGAGACAUUUAACAGUUAACAGGAGUUCUUGUUAUAUAAAUGAAAUAUCAAGAGCUGUGGUAUUUUCAUCAUGCUUCCCAAAUGCAGUGUUCUCAUGCAUGGUUGCCAUUGACAAAACAACAUAUUUCCCAUUUGUCUUUGUCCGAUUCUUCCUUGUGACACUGAAGUAAGCUGCACACCAGAUUGAGUAUCAUUUCCUAGUACAGAUUACAUUAUGGAAUAUUGUCAAUCAUAAUUAAGUGAAAUUGAUUGGUCUGUUCUGAAAAAAAAUAUGUGGAAGAAUAAAAUGUUCCUGACUUGUCAAAUAUUA